GCAUUAAAACAUUGUGCAUAACUUUCUUGUUGCUCUUACGAAAGACAGCAGACCCUGCUUAUAGAAGUUGCACAUUGUUUUUUAACACUUUUUUUCUGUUGUUACGUUUUCAACUACUUGUCUGAAACGUUUGGAAAUAACUUAUUUUAACCACUGUUAGUUGCGUGUGGAAGAAUCAGUGGAGGAAAAAGCUACCAAGAGAUAAGGGGACCUUUUGAAACUUAAAUUUUGGCCAUGGUGCAAAAUGUGGCAAUAAUUGGUGCCGGAAUUAGUGGACUCGCAGCGCUGAAAGGUAGCCUAGAAGUUGGACUUCAAGUCACCUGUUUUGAGAAAAGUGAUAGUGUGGGGGGACUAUGGAAUUUUAUGGACCAUGCAGAAGAUGGGAGAGCCAGUAUUUACAGUUCAGUUUUCACAAAUGCUUGCAAGGAAAUGAUGUGUUAUCCAGAUUUUCCAAUACCAGAUGAAUAUCCCAACUUCAUGCACAAUUCCUUGUUUCUUGAAUACUUGAGGCUAUAUGCUAGGAAUUUUGACUUGAUAAGGCACAUCAAGUUUAAGACUACAGUAUUACAUGUAGAGAAGCAUAAGGAUUUCUCAAGUACUGGCCAAUGGGACAUCAUUACAGAAAACAAUGGGGAGCAGAGGUCUACAGUCUUUGAUGCUGUGCUGAUUUGCACUGGUCACCAUGUGUACCCUAACCUCCCGCUCCAGUCUUUUCCAGGUAUUGAGAAAUUCAAAGGGCUUUACUUGCACAACCGAGAUUACAAACGUCCAUCACUCUUUUUUGGAAAGAAAAUUUUAAUAGUUGGAUUGGGGAACUCAGGAGCUGAUAUUGCUGUAGAGACAAGUCGUACUGCUGAAAAGGUUUAUCUCAGCACCAGGAGUGGCGCUUGGAUUAUGAGCAGAGUCUGGGAUAAUGGAUAUCCAUGGGAUAUGGUUUAUUUAACACGAUACCAGUCUUUCCUCAGUAAAAUCCUUCCCAGAACUGUGUCUGACUGGCUAUAUGAAAAAAUGAUGAAUAAGAGAUUUGACCAUUCAAAUUAUGGAUUGGUACCUCUUAACAAGUAUGUUUUAUGAUAUUCCUAAUGCUUUUUUCCAUGUAUUUAUAACAUAAUAAAAAAUGUACUCAGAUUAGUAUG